AUGAUGGGAGAAAAGAAGAGAAAAUACCGCAAAAGACAGUCGUUAUCGUGCUCUAACUGCCGGGAGAGAAAGGUUAAGUGUGAUCGGAACCACCCGUGCUCAGCUUGUACCAGAAAAGGCUGUCAAACCUCCUGCACAUUUGACUCUUUGGCGGCCUCGUUGCCACCAUUCAAUAGAUCAAAUGAGAUUUUGGCCAAUGAAAAUUACCAGACAAUUCACAACGAUGAUUCCAGUCCCAAAAGUUCUGCCAGUGGCGUCAGUAUGUACAGCAAAUCCACGAACAGAACGUCAUUAUACGAACCUACCGGAUCUGAUCCCCAAAUAUUAUCCGAAGUUUCGUCAGCGUAUUUUGGUAAUAAUCCUUAUGCCUCAGAUGAAGAAGUGAUAAAUUUCUACGAUGGUUUGCCAUGCUACCCUAAUUCACAUGGGAAUGAACCCGUAAACUAUGGUCCGUUAUCAUGGGCAUAUCUUGAGAUCAAGGAUGUUGCGUUGAAUUUGUUAUCGGAGUAUCUGAACUUGCACUACAAAUCUGGGCCAGGAGGCUGUCCUAAAGCCGGCUACAUGAACGAAAAUGGCAUUUGGCAAAGGCCAGGGAUGAAUGAAGAUCUGAAGGUUUCCGAAAAGCCUAAAGUCUUCGAUGUAUUUGAACGACCAGACAUGACAGAAAAGACCCUUGGAGAAGAGUUAAGGGAUUACUUUUCCAAUCAGAAAUUGAUGGUGCUUGCCACUGACGUCUUUUUCCAUACUUCCCUCCCAGUGACUGAAGUGAUACAUGAGAAGGUAUUUAGGGGAGCAAUUAAGCGAGUGUUUGGUGAACUUGAGAUGCAGGAAAAACCGACACGACGUCUAAAUAUCAGCGAUCGCACUGAUCUAUCUUAUGUGGGCACACUUUUGAUUAUCGUACGGUUUGCAUUUUUAUUACUGUCUCCCAACUGUAAGUUUAAGAGAGAGAGGGAGCCCUGGAAUGAUCCCAUUGCAGAGUAUAUUUUGACCCAUCCUGUGAACUUGGAUGGAAUUGCUUUGGCUCAAAAAUGUUUUCAAAAAUUGACUUGUUUCUCUGACCCGUCGCUCGAAAUGCUUCAGUUUGCGAUGUUUAUCCAAUUUUAUCAGCAAUUUGCCCCAGAGUUUGGGGAGUGUAUAUAUGGUGGGAAGUUUAAAAUCGGGACGGGGAUGGCAUUCCAAAUGGCAUAUUCUCUUUCUUUGAACCGCGAUCCUGACAAUUGUUUAUUCUCAAUACCAGAGGAGGAAAAAAACGUUCGUCGAAAAUUAUGGUACACUUUAUUGUGUUGCAAUUUGAUUCAAUCUUAUUUAUAUGGUCACCCACUCCAUUAUGAUUCACUUUUUUAUGAUACAAAAGCACCACAGAAUAGUGAUAAGGUGCACUGCGCUUCAUUUUAUGUCAGACUUGAUUGGUUAUUCACACCAUUGAGAUCAGUACUUCAUCUGAUUUUGGAUAUAUCGGGCAAUACUAAAAUGUCAGAACUUACCCGCGAACUUAGCGAUUUUGAAAUAGUGCUCGAUAAAUCUUUUGGCAGUUUGCAAGAUAAUAUUGAUACCCAUUCAACAGAAUCAUGUGAUUCUACCGGGUCUAUCAAGUUUUGGAUGUCGCUUCGGAUUUUCUUGUUGAGUGUUUACAAUCAUUUUAAAUUGCAUUAUGAAGCUAAGAAAAACACUGAGCUUCUGUUCUUUUAUACAAGAAAAAUCUUCCAUAUCGGCAUUGUUGAGUUUUUGCCAUACCUUUACCUUUUUUCUAGUGAAAAGAAAGUACUCGGUACUUUUUCAGAGUUCCUAGUUACUCCAUUCCUUCUCCAACUUUGUCACGGGGUUUCGAUCAGUAUUUUCUCACUUCAAGUUCGUCUCAAGUUUGCAAUCUUCAACUUGGGAAGCCGCGGGAAGGUGUUGAGUAAAUCAGAAGUGGAGAUUGUCCAAGCCCUUGAGGAACUCUCGUCCAACAUUGAAAAGUGUGUGCGGGUGAUUUUGAAAUGUAUGGGGAAUCUUUGCAUGAAGUAUUAUUAUGCGUAUGUGAUAAGAAAAAGGGUUAAAGAGUAUUUUCAUGUGUGCAAUGGCAAAGAAUUUUUUGAAAUAUACAGUCCUGGUGCAAUCCAGCUCCGCAAUCCUCCUUUUAAUAUAUAUCAGUUGCGGGAAUUGAAUACCAUUGUGAAAACUGGACUUUCCAAUGUCCAUAAAUUUUAUUGUCAAGUGGAAGAAGAGCUAGGGGCUUUAAAUGCCAAAAAUUCCCAGCAGCCGGCAUCAAGAUCACAUUACAAUGAUGUGAAAAAUAAUGACAAUGGCCCGACAUCAUUUACCUCUUCAAGAUCAAUGACCCCCAAAUCUUCGAUGUUGCCAGGAAUCGAGCUCUGUCCGGUUUUGAAUCAUAAAAUAUGUAAUGAACUUCAGGGUCCUGAAUUAUCGAUGGACAAUCAAUAUGGUUGCAACAAACAAGCAGUGCAAGUUUUGGGACCAGAACAAAUCAAUGUGGGAGGAGUCCAGCAGCAGCAGCAGCAACAACGCCCAGCACAACCUGUUGGUACAGAUUUGAUGGUCUCGAAUAAUUUUGAUUUGAAUUUGGAUAGUUUGCACGCGUUGCUUUAUGAUACUAACGAUUUGGAUGCCAAUAAUGCGUAUAUCGAUGACCUCUGGAAGAAGCUGUCACUUUCGAGCCAAGAAUUGGAUUUGUUUAGUAUUAUUACGUGA